AUGCCGCCGCCGCCGCCGGUGCCGCCGGAGAAGCAGAAGCGGAAGCUCGCCCGCCUCUGCGAUCUCGUCUCCUCCUCCCUGCUUGUCCACCUCGAACCCGCGCCGUCGCCGCCGCGGCAGCUGACGCGGGAAGACGAGCGGCAGCUCCUCCUCGCGCUCUCCACGGUGAACAAGACGAUACGACGAUGGGACCAGGAGGAGGCAGCUUGUGAAUUGGUUCAGGAAACUCUUUCUGAUUCCGGAGAAGUUCAUAGUUGCUGCUUACUACUUAAAGAGCAUCCAUAUGAUGGAUUUGGUUGCAUGGCGAAUAUGGUCUCUGUAUUGGUUGGUUUCCUUGAUUUCUGCAGUGAUUAUGUCAAACACUCAGCUGGCAAUAUCCUAAUUUCCAUAUCUAGUACCCUAAUUAAGUUUGAAUACAUUUGGAUUCAGUUCAUUGAGCUUGUCUGGGUGGCUAUACAUGCAGCAUCGAAAUGUGUUCAUAACACUUCACAUUUUACAACUGACUCCAACAGUAAUGACAUCACUAGUUCAAGCUCAAGAAUCACAAGCUUCAUGACAGUACUUAAUGAGCGUUGUCUCAAUAUCAGUGGGCAAACCAUGUCCAGUCUCUUUCGAGUAUUACAUGCUAUCUUGAAGUUCCUUAAACACAGUGACAGUACAUAUGGACAAGAUAUGUUUGUGAAACUUGUUGAUAUAGUUCCCAAGAUAGCAUUUUCCUUACAUGGGCAGUAUGAUGGACCCAAAAGUCUUUAUCAGUACUUAAAGCAUAAAAUUCUGAUGGUAAUGAUGCGGCUUAAGCCUUACAUACAGCAAGAUUGUUCACAUAUUGUUAGUUGGCUGAAAUUGCUUCGGCAUUACUUUGAAGACCUUCUUCAUGAACCUAUCUCACAACAUAUUGCUAAACCAGGAAAUUGUUUAGAAGGUUCUCCGUUUUUAUUGGACAUGGUAGAUUUAGUUGAGAGUCAGGAUAAGUCAACUCGGCACUUGCAAAGGCAAGCUAUCUAUUUGUUCCUUAGUUGUUCCAUAUGCUUGUCUUACAGCAGAAAUGAUGGUGCACUUCAAUGUUCAUGCAAGAGGGAUGAGUGUUUGUUGGGUCACAAAGUACAAGGCUGUAGUAAUCACUGCAACUGUUUUGGCUUAUCAGAAAUUUCAGACUGGUUUCAGAAGUGUUACCUAAACUGGAGUCUUGACUCAAAUUCAUCAAGUUUUGCCUUAUCCUUUCUGGAAUUGUAUAUGGAGGAGGAUGACAUGCUAUUCAACAUUCUCUUACAACUUUUAGAUGCACCACUCAUUUUUCUAAAAAUAGCUAACUUGGAAACUACUGAACUUGUUGGUGUAAAACUGUUCUCAAGCAUUUUCGACCCAGUUCACCUUUUUCAUCUGCUGCUUUUUCUGCUGCACUAUGAUCACAUGGUACUUGUUGAUUACCUCAUAUCUAAGGAUGUUGGUGUGCAUUGUGCUCAGUAUCUAUUAAGGUGCUUACGCUUAGUUUCCCAGUCUUGGCAUGCUUUUGUUGAUGAUUCUAUUUACUCAACAAAAAUAGAUAAGCUUGACUGUAAAAGGCAGAGGACUUCUGGGGAUAAAGAUAGUGACAGAGCCAGUACAAGUAAACAGUAUAAGAAUGGUUCUGGUUGUGAUAAAGAGGCCAAGAAUUCACAGAAGCUUUUUCUUGAUGCUAAAGAAUGCCUUUAUUCAUUGAAGAGAACAGUGGAAGAUCUGCAAAAGAAGGAUUUGUUCCCUUACAAUCCGAAGCCUCUUCUUAGAAGUGAAAUCCUUUUCUUGUUCCUGCAUUUGCCUCUUCAAUUUCUUUUGGUAUAUCAUCAGCUCAAUGACAUUGUCAAUCUAAUGAUUGAAUUUGAUAUUUUGGCAUAUCAACUCAAUGGCAUUGUCAACCUAUUGAUUGAAUUGGAACUUUGGCACAUCAACUCAAUGCUUGGCCCGGUUUCAGGAGCUGUGUGA